AUGUACGACAGCUUCGAUGUGGACGACAUUGCCGACAGUGUGCUUCCCAGCUCCUUCGAUUACCGCGACCUGGAUGUGGUCAGCGUGGUGAAGAAUCAGGGCGGUGCUCAGACCUGCUACCUCUUCGCCGCCCUCAGCGCCGUCAAGUCGGCCUUCAUGCUGAGCCACAGGGGCCGCCGGAACGUCUCCUUCAGCGAGAAGGACGCCUACAACUGCCUGGCGAAGCUGGGCUACAAUGACGCCCCCCAGGUGGGCGGCCAGGUGGAGACCGUCUAUCGGAUGUUCAUGGAGGCGCACGGCAUCGUCUACCAGAAGGACGCAGAGCAGUACGACUUUACGAGGAAGGACUACGAGACGCCGCCCAAGCUUCACAAGGAGAAGUGCCUGCCCCUGACGCCCUCCCAGGAGGCGACCCGAAUGAGGGGUUUUGCCAAGGAAUACGGCCUGGAGGGCGAGGGCUCCCUGCAGCGGCUGAAGAAGAUCGUCUACAAGUACGGCCCGGUGACCACCGUCUUUCGGGCGCCCAUGGACAGCCGCUGGCUGCAGCUGGCCGGCGAGAUGAACUUUGCCUGCAAUACGACGGCGGCGCCGAUGCCCGAUCACGCCAUGCUCAUAACGGGCUGGACACCGACCCAUCUGGUGAUCAAGAACUCCUACGGCAACUACGAACACGAUGACGACCGGUGGGGAAUAAAG